CUACAGUGGUAUAUUUCUUUGUUUUCUGCUACACUGCAAAUUAUGCAAUGAUCUACACAUCAGCACAUGGUGUCUGUUCUGAAAAAUUUAAAUUAUAUUUAGGAAAAAUAGACGAAAAAUGAAAGCGUUAUUGCAAUUAAAAUGUGUUGAGAAGUUAUUGAUUUCAUCAAGGUGUUUUUAUAAUGUUUCAAACGCGAAUGUUAUCAAGUCAAAAAUCAACAAAACAAGCAAAGAGUUCCAGGGAAACAAAACAAGCAUGGAAAAAUUGGUUAAAGAUUUGAGGGAGCUAACACGACAGAUAAAACUGGGUGGUCCAGAAAAGGCACGAAAAAGACACACUGAAAGAGGAAAACUAUUGCCUCGUGACCGUGUAACAAAUUUGUUGGAUAUUGGAUCUCCAUUUCUUGAACUCUCUCAACUGGCAGCAUACAAGCUCUAUGGUGAUGAUGAAGUACCAGCUGCUGGUAUUAUUGCUGGUGUUGGACGUGUGUCUGGAAUUGAAUGUAUGAUUGUAGCAAAUGAUGCUACUGUUAAAGGUGGAACUUAUUAUCCAAUGACUGUCAAGAAACAUAUUCGAGCUCAAGAAAUAGCUAAGCAAAAUAAUCUUCCUUGUAUAUAUCUUGUUGAUUCUGGUGGUGCCUACUUGCCUUUACAACAUGAAGUAUUUCCUGAUAAAUAUCAUUUCGGGAGAAUAUUUUAUAAUCAAGCAAGAAUGUCUGCAAUGGGAAUACCACAGAUAGCAGUUGUAAUGGGCUCUUGUACAGCUGGUGGAGCUUAUGUACCUGCCAUGGCUGAUGAAAGCAUCAUUGUGAAAAACCAAGGAACAAUAUUUCUUGGUGGACCUCCUUUGGUGCAAGCUGCAACAGGAGAAGUAAUUUCAUCAGAAGAACUUGGUGGAGCUGAUCUUCAUUGCAGGUGUACAGAUCACUAUGCUAUUGACGACACGCAUGCGUUGCACAUCGCAAGACAAGUAAUCCGUAAUUUAAAUCGGUCAAAGAAAUUGACGACAACUGUUGAAGAAACUGAAGAUCCCGUGUAUCCAGCUGAUGAUCUUUAUGGUAUUGUUGGUGAUAAUCUGAAGAAAUCCUUUGACAUAAGACAGGUUAUAGCUCGAAUUGUGGACGGAAGCAGAUUUGAUGAGUUUAAAGAAAUGUACGGAAAAACUUUAGUCACUGGUUUUGCUAGAAUACAUGGCUAUCCUGUGGGUGUCUUGGCUAAUAAUGGCGUCUUAUUCUCCGAGUCUGCGUUAAAAGGAACACAUUUUAUUGAGUUGUGUUGUCAACGCAAGAUUCCUCUUGUUUUCUUACAGAAUAUUACAGGUUUUAUGGUUGGAAGAGAGUUUGAAGCCGGAGGAAUUGCUAAAAACGGUGCUAAGAUGGUGACGGCCGUUGCUUGUGCAAAAGUUCCUAAGUUUACUGUCAUUAUUGGAGGAAGUUUUGGUGCGGGAAACUAUGGCAUGUGUGGAAGAGCUUACAGUCCCCGUUUUUUGUACAUGUGGCCAAAUGCUCGGAUCUCUGUGAUGGGAGGUGAACAGGCCGCAACAGUCUUGGCAACUAUAACAAAAGAUCAACGAGAGAGGGAAGGGAAAGAGUUUACUGCUGAAGAAGAAGCCGCUUUAAAAGAACCUAUUUUGAAAAGGUUUGAAAAAGAAGGACACCCUUAUUUUGCUAGCGCCAGGUAUUAACAUGAGUAAUGUAUUAUGGAUGAUGGUGUUAUAGAUCCUGCUGACACAAGAACUAUUCUUGGUCUUAGUAUUAGUGCUUCUCUGAACGCUCCCAUAGAAAAUACAUCAUUUGGAGUGUUUAGAAUGUGAGCAGUCGAUGUAAAAUUAUGUUUUUCUCCAAACGAAGUAAUCUUCAUUCACUUCACAAAUCGUCAUGCCAAGCAAGAACGAAAAGUAGCAUAACAAAUAAUUCUGCUCUCUGCAAAAAGCAAUGAAAUGAUUUGUUCAAAUAUUUUGUUGCGGCAUCUUCGACACCCCUCUGAUAUAUUUUUGAAUUAAUUCUAAGAAUUCUUUUUAUUUCGAGGACUUAAUAUAUUAAAAUUUAUCUAGUAAUUAUCAAUUGACAAAGAGCAAUAUAAUCAUUAUAAUGGUGUACCAUACAUCGCUGAUACUCGUACAA